AUGGUCUCGAACAAGCUUCUCACCGCCUUCUUCUUCGACCAUCUCGGCCAAGGCCUCUUUCGCUGCAAGCUCUGUGCCCAAGAUCGCAAGCAGAUGCCCGGAUCCGGGUACUCCAACCUUCUGGCGCACUUGGCUGGUAAACACGAGGGGUUUGAGGCCCAGUACUCAUCCUUCGAGAGCAGCUCCAUCCGGUCCCUCCAAGCCUUUGGCUUCGUCCCUGAGGAGGCGAGCCAUCUGUUCCAGUGGCUGCAAUGGGUUGUCAUGCGGAAUAUGCCGGUCCACGAAGUCGAGGACGAGCUCACUCGA